UGUCAGACCACUUUAAUAUACAUAAAAAUCUCAACAACAUCCACUGAAAUUUGCUGAGAUUUUUUAGGAAGCCAAUCCAUGGGACCCCAUCAAGAACACCUUCAAACAACCCAAAUCCAUAUGGCGUGAAAACUGACGAAUCAGAAGAAGUCGAUUGAGGUUGAAAGAAGCUGGAUCGAGCUUUCAUGAGUGAUCCAUCCUUUAAACAAAUACUUUCUUAGUUCAUCCUUCAACUCAACGUGAUUUGAAGGUUUGAGAGGUCAAGACCAGAAAGAAAUAGUUGCGAAAUUUAACACCUCCAUGCAAUUGCAGGGGAAAAAAGGUCGAAUCAGCAGCAUGCUCCAGAAGGGAGUACAGUCGCCAUGUUUAGUUUCUCUUUCUACAUACUUUCUUCCACAUUCUUUUCAGUCUUCAAAGGGUAUUCUUGCUAUUGCCUUCUUUCUUCUUUCGAUUCAAUUCCAUUAAUAUGGAAGCACUUCACCUGGUUCUCCCUUUUCUCCAACCCAAAGCUCUGCGUUCCCCCUGUUUCAUCCUCCUUACUGCAAUAUCAUUAUCAUGGUUGGCCUCUCACUGUAAUGGUAAAACCCCUUCGGAAGCGUGUCAGGUUUUCGGAUGUGGGAAGUACAGUUUUGAUUAUCCGUUUGGAAGAAAGGGCAGCGGCUGUGGUGACCCUAAGCUUCAGCUGGAGUGUGAUAAUACAGUGAAGAUGCCUCUAAUUAAGAUCGGGGUUUACGAAUACUACAUACUGAAACCCCUAAAUUACUCUCAGCUUGCACCAUAUUCUUACCCUACCAUGAUUAUAUUAUACAAGCAAUUACAGCAGAAUGUAUGCGCUUUAUCAGAGCAUAUCUAUGAUCAAUUCUGGAAUUCCUCCAGUUUUCCUAUUGGAAAGGGUUACAAAAAUAUAACCCUAGGGACAGAGUGCAAUAGCUCGUAUUCAAAGUCAGGCAAUUUACAGUGCAAUGGACAGCGUUACUAUAAUUUGAGUCUUCCAGACUUGAAGAAAGAUUGUAAAUCGGAAUUUAAGCUGCCUGUGAAAGAAAUUGACUUGGAAAAGCCUCUGCCGAUUAUACUUGAUGGGAUCAAUAUAACAUGGAAGAGAAACGAAUAUUGUAAGGAUUGCGAAUCAUAUUACAAAAAUUGUGCUCAUCUUGACACCUCGUCUUUCUGUUACUGCCUUUCUACUUCCUAUUCACAAAAAUGCUCCUCCAGUGGUGAUUCCAAGACUGCCGCUAUUGUAGGUGCGGCCAUUGGAAGCGGUGUGUUAAUCGCAGCUAUAAUAUCGCUUGUGGCUUUUCGUCGCAAGAGGCCGUUGGCUUUCAGGGAGCUCGAGCUUCGCAAGUCCAUGGAAUCUUCUCCUACAAAAGUGGAGCAAUUCCUUGAUGAUUAUGCUCAGCAAAUGCCUAGCAGAUAUUCCUAUUCACAACUGCGGAAUAUUACCAACAACUUCGCAGAUAAAUUGGGGCAAGGAGGUUUUGCUGUGGUUUAUAAAGGAAAACUCCCCAGGGGUAAUUUGGUGGCUGUAAAGAUUCUUGAUCGGUCAAGACAUAGUGAGGCUCAGUUUAUGAACGAAGUUGCAACAAUUGGAAGGAUCCACCAUGUCAAUCUGGUCCGCCUGAUGGGGUUUUGUUUUGAUGGAUUUAGAAGCGCACUCGUGUAUGAGUAUAUGGUGAAUGGAUCUCUGGACAACUACAUAUUUCCCGAGAAAAAGAGCCAUGGAAGUUUAAACGAGGAACAGCUAUAUUCAAUUGCUUUGGGUGCGGCCCGCGGAAUCGCGUAUCUACACCAUGAUUGUGAAAGACGCAUAAUUCAUUUCGACAUCAAACCCCACAACAUAUUACUAGACAAGGAUUUCACACCCAAAAUUGCUGAUUUUGGUCUGGCAAAAUUAUGUGGUAGGGAAGAUGAUCACAUAUCCAUGACAAACGCUGGAGGAACACCAGGGUAUGCUGCACCAGAAGUGUGGAAUACAAAUCUGGGGCCUGUGACGGACAAAUCAGAUGUUUACAGCUUUGGGAUGGUGUUAUUGGAAAUCGCUGGGGGAAGAAGGAACAUAGAUUUGCGGGUGAGCCGAUCCAGUCAACUGUAUCUUCCAGAUUGGGCAUUCAAGUUGGCGGAGAAUGGGCAGUUGGAGAGGAGGUUCAGAGGAAGAGGCGAAGCAGAAAUAGAGUGCAAAGAGAACGAGAAAGCUAUAAGAAUGGCCAAAGUAGCACUAUGGUGCAUUCAGUACAAUUCAGCAGAUCGACCGAGCAUUAGCAGAGUGGUUCAAAUGUUGGAAGAAAAUGGUGAUGAUGUGAGUAAUCCUCCCCUGCCUUACAAUUCGUAUCCUGAGUCUCAAUCGUCUUUACCAUUUUCUGCUGAAGAAUUUUCUUCCACGGUGUAGAACUGCACUUCUGUCACGCAUUGACUUGAGAUGUUUCUGUAGAGAUUGCUGUGGAAAACUAGUGCACUAAAAUUUACUGGAGUUGCAAGAGGAAGUUGCUUUAUUUGUCUUUCAUUUAGCUUUUUUAGUUUUCAUUCAGCGUUUGUUGUGCUGUACAGAAACGAUAGCUAUACAUUUACAGAUUACUGUCAUAUUUAGGGCUUUUCCUUUAAUGGAGGACAGCAGGUGAGAAGAGCUGUGUAAGUGCUGGUAGAAAUAGAUUAGCUGUAGGGUAGCGAGUAUAUCUGGGGCAGUUGGAUUGAGUCUUUAAGGACUCUUUUACUCUGUUUUCUACAUAAGCAUGUAACCCUGUCUCAGUUUGUAAUAUAAAAGUAAGAAUGUAAUCUUUGAAUUCUCUUUCAUUUCA